AUGCAGAAUUUUGGAGGAAAAACAACAUGUACAAAUCAAAAAGCAUGGAUAACGUCUAGUCUCUUUAGUGAGUGGUCGCUUUUGCUGGAUAAAGAGAUUUCGAUAAAGAAUAAGAAAAUUGCAUUGCAGUUGGGUAAUUGUAGUGUGCAUGACAAGAUGCCAGCAUUGAAGAAUGUUGAACUAUGCUUCUUCUCUGCAAACUGUAAUUCAAUUGUUUGGCCACUAGAUAUGGGGAUAAUUAAGAACUUUAAGACAAAAUACCAUUCAUGUUUAGUUCAACACGUGACCACAAACAUUGAAAGAAAUGUGAGCAAUCCCUACAGUUUCAAUGUGAAGCAGGCUGUUCCUGGAACAGUAUACAGACAAAUUGAAGAUGUUGAUGAGAAUGUUGUGGUGGAUGAAAUAAUGCAGGAUGAUAUUCAAAGUGAUCUGGAGAUUUACUCAGCAGUUCCUGAUAAAGCCAUAAAUGCUUCAGUAGUUGAAUACUUGUCAGUGGAUGAUGAGGCAUUGGUGUUUGAAGAAUAUACCAAUGAAUCUAUCAACAAGGAGUUAAAGGGUAAUUCAUCUGUUGAAGAUUCUGAUGAUGACAGUGAUGCAAUAAGUGUGAAUCUCCCUCCUCUGAUGGAGCUAAUAAGUCAGUUGGAAACCAUUCAGCAAGUAGCAUCUUCAAUCCCCAGUGUUUCAGCACAGCAAUUGAUUGUGUUAGAGGAGAUAAACAAUAUUCACAAGAGAAUCUUUAAUAAAAAAGAAACAAAGGAAAAUAAGUGA